UAAAGCGGCGGUGGCCGGUCCCCGGCAGCUCCCCGAGCCCGCUGCCCCCGCGCUGCCUGUCUGCCCAGCCCGCCGGCCGGGGCCCGCUGCCGCCCCGUGGAUGAGCCACAGGACGUCCUCCACCUUCAGAGCGGAGCGGAGCUUCCAUUCCUCCUCCUCCUCCUCGGCCUCCCACAGCCUCCCGGCCCAGGACCCACCCAUGGAGAAGGCCUUGAGCAUGUUCUCCGAGGAUUUUGGUGGCUUCAUGCGGCCCCACUCGGAGCCCCUGGCCUUUCCAGCACUCCCCACGGCCCGUGCUGGGGGGCCGGGCAACAUCAAGACCCUGGGAGAUGCCUACGAGUUUGCUGUGGACGUGAGCGACUUCUCACCUGAGGACAUCAUCGUCACCACCUCCAACAACCACAUCGAGGUGCGGGCUGAGAAGCUGGCAGCCGAUGGCACCGUCAUGAACACCUUCGCUCACAAGUGCCAGCUGCCUGAGGACGUGGACCCCACGUCGGUGACCUCGGCCCUGCGGGAGGACGGCAGCCUCACCAUCCGGGCCCGGCGCCAGCCCCCCACGGAGCACGUGCAGCAGACCUUCCGGACGGAGAUCAAGAUCUGAGGCCGCCCCUGCCCCACCCCCAACUACCCCGUGUCCUGUUCUCCCCGCUGGCCAGCCAGAGUGGCUCUCCUGAUCCCCUCGUGACAGCGCUGGGGACAUCUCAGCCCAGGUUCUGGGCCCUGACACCCCACCCCACCCCAGACCCCAGGUGGGUCACCCCCACCCCCAAAUGAGGGCUUCUGAUCUACCCAGGGCAGGUCGGGGACCCCCCGCCUCACUCGUGACCCCCAGAUUGCAGAUGCGGCCUUAAUCCAGAAGAAAAGGUUUGCGAUGGGAACAGGAGAUCCAGAGAACCCGGUUUGGAGAAGGGGCUUAGGACAGGCAAUCUGGGCAAAUAAUCUGCAGGACAGACAGACAGACAUAUUCUUUCAUCUUUGGAGUCUCUGCAGGGCAGGGGAACUGGGCGCCCGGGACCCCCUUGGCCAAGGGGAGCAGGAGGGCGGAGGGAGAUUGCUGGCAGAGGUGCCCACAAAACCGAACUGCCCAGGCACAGAGAGGCCAGGAGACAGCCCUGAUGGUCCGCUUCCCCGCGGCCGCUCUCCAAGCCCCGAGCCGGCUGCCAGGCUGCCCGCCCACAAGGUGCCCCAUCCAGCCCGCUGCCCCCCGGGCAGGGCCAUGUUGUGUCUGUAUAUAGACGGGGUUUUUCCAAUACAGCUGGUUCGUGAUGAA